GGAUUGUUCCAAUUUGAAUUUUGGUUCAUAAUGUUGAUUACAUGUAGAAAAAUUCUUACGAAUUUCGUUCGGAAUAGAACAGGUAAUUUUCCCAUUAGAUUUCUAUCCUCAACGAUAUCAAAAACUGAAGACGAAAUUAUAGUAGAAAAUCGAACAUCUCAUGUUCGAUUGAUCGGCAUUAAUAGGCCACAAAAACGAAAUGCAAUCAAUCGUGAAACUGCUUUAAAAUUGCGACGAGCAUUCGAAGAUUUCGAUAAUGAUCCAGAAUAUCGUGUUGCUGUAUUGCAUGGUUUUGGCGGAACAUUCUGUGCCGGAUAUGAUCUCGAAGAAUUGUCAAAUAUUGAUGAAAUUACUGUCGAAAAUCUAAUCACUCCUGCACCGAUGGGUCCAACAUGGAUGCUAACAUCGAAACCAGUUAUUGCCGCAAUCGAUGGUUAUGCAGUGGCUGGAGGAUUCGAACUAGCACUAUGGUGUGAUCUUCGUGUGAUGGAAACAACUGCCGUAAUGGGUGUUUAUUGUCGCCGAUUCGGUGUUCCAUUGUUAGAUGGUGGUACGGUUCGAUUAAGUAAAUUGAUUGGACAUUCCAGAGCAAUGGAUUUAAUUUUGACAGGUCGAGGAAUCAACGGCAAAGAAGCAUUUGAUUUUGGUAUCGCUAAUCGUUUAGUGCCUGUUGGAACGGCUUUAGGACAAGCAUUCAAUUUGGCACAAUCUUUGGUCAAAUUUCCAAACGAAUGUCUUCGUGCUGAUCGUCGUUCAGCUUACUAUGCUACAUUUGAUUCCACUUCAUUGGAUGAUGCACUUCAAAAAGAAUUUGAGAUAUCCAAAUCUAUUGUUGCCAAGGAAGCCAUUUCUGGAGCCAAACGCUUCAAAGAUGGUGUAGGCAAACAUGGUAAAUUUGUUCUUGAUAAAAUCGGUUACGAUGUAGAUGUUAGUGUUUGAAAAAUCGCGGUUAAUUUUUUUGCAAUAAAAUUUAAAAUUCUAUUA